UGGUGGGGACGCUUCCUCAUUCUUAUCCCUUCCUUUUCCCCUCCACGUCCGGCGUUCCUUAACACCCACACCCAAAACUCUUCCAACUUCCAUCUACCGUCCUCUUCUCCCCUCUCCAAAUCCGCUGCUCUGUCUCAUGGACAACCAGGCCGCUCAUCCAAAUCCUCGGUCCCACCACCACCCCUUCGGCGGCGGCGGAGGAGGAGGAGGAGGGGCCGUGAGGACUGCUGGAGCGAAGGCGCCACAGAGACUCUAGUGGAGGCGUGGGGAGAUCGUUAUCUGGAGCUCAACCGCGGUAACCUCCGUCAGAAGGACUGGAAGGAAGUCGCUGACGCUGUUAACAGUCGCCAGAACGGAGUAAAGCCCCGGAAGACCUACAUCCAGUGCAAGAACCGGAUCGACACCUUGAAGAAGAAGUACAAGCUCGAGAAAUCGAAGCCGGCGCCGUCUUCCUGGCCAUUCUACUCCCGCCUCGACUACCUGAUCGGCGCCGUGGCGGCGGCAGCUCCGGGAGGAAAGAAAUUCGCGGCGGCAGUGCAGCGGAAGCUGCAAUCGGCGGGGUCGACGGAGAGCUCUCGCGGCGGAGGCCUUGACGACGGCGAUGACGAAGACGUGGUGUUCGAUGGCCGGGUCAGGAAGCAUCGGAUGGAUUCGAUGGAUUUAUCGGAUGGAGCGGCGUGUAGGGAAUUGGCGAGGGCGAUUUUGAAGUUUGGGGAGAUUUAUGAGAGGAUUGAGUGUGCGAAGCAGCAGCAGAUGAUGGACUUGGAGAAGCAGAAGAUGGAGUUCACUAAGGAUCUGGAAGUUCAGAGGAUGCAUAUGUUCAUGGAUGCUCAGCUCGAGCUUGAGAAGAUGAAGCACCCCAAGUUUGCAUCUGGCUCUGGGAAGAAGUUAUAGCUGGGAAUGGCAUGAAGAACCACAUCUCCCUAUCCUGGAAGAGAAGGUGAUUUGAUGAUUUGCUUUGCAGAUUCCCCCUCUUGAAAAUGGGGUACAAACUAAUGACUGGUGGUGCACGGAAUGGAUGAUAAAAUUAUCGAAUGUUCACAAUGUGAAGCACUUACAAUGCCAUGCCUGUGUUUAUAACAUGUAAUUGGUAACUGUGCAUAUACCCAAAUGUGUUGCCCAGGUCUAUAUUGGCCUCAUUGUAGCUGUUGGGUUUGAAUUAUGGGUGCACCAAAUAUUUCAUAUUUGCCAGUAUAUUUGCCUUGUGUCUUACCCAAUGGAGCAGCUGGCAAUUUAGGGGAAAUCCAAGUCUCUCACUAAGAUGAUUUGGUCAGCCUAAUAUAAGUUCCUCCUACUUCCGUAGUUUA